ACUCGAUCUCGGAAACGCCUCAGACUGGAUUCCUUGUUACCACAAAGUCCUCGGAGCGGAGUUUUGUGUACGUGCAUAGAACAAAGUAAAGAAAGGGGGGCGUUAAAGUGAACAGGUUAAAAAAAAAUGAGUUGUGAGAGUCCUUCACUUCACGAUAAGCUCAAGGAGGAAAGUAAGCGCGAUAGUAUGUGGAGUUAACAACACUCAAACGAGUCGGAUAACAGCGGAACAAAGAAGAGGUAACGUUACAAGUAUGGCUACCCGAGAAAGCCGAGUGCACCGAAGAGCCAUGUCGAACGUCAGGAGGGAGCAGCAGGACGACGACUCUGACACGGAGGAGACUCCUCUGGGCUUCAAGAAAACUGAUGGACGCGAGCCGCAGAUCAUCCACAGUGGUCAUUUUAUGGUGUCCACCCCUCACGUCGAGCACCCGCCGAAGAAAGGCUACGACUUCGACACUGUUAACAAACAAACUUGUCAGACGUAUCACUUUGGCAAGACGAGCACGUCGCAUAUUUCCAUCGACGCGUCCCUCACUAAACUCUUCGAGUGUAUGACACUUGCGUACAGUGGCAGGUUAGUGUCUCCAAAAUGGAAGAACUUCAAAGGCCUAAAACUGCUUUGGAGGGACAAGAUUCGCCUCAACAAUGCCAUCUGGAGAGCCUGGUAUAUUCAAUAUGUGGAGAAAAGAGAGAAUCCUGUUUGCCAUUUUGUUACACCGUUAGAUGGGACCAUGGACUCCGGAUUCCAUCGACCUGCAGAGGCAAUAGCUACGGAAGGGAAGUACUGGAAGAGAAGAAUUGAAAUCGUUCUCAGAGAGUACCAUAAAUGGAGAACAUAUUUCAAGAAAAGGUUACAGAAGCACAAAGAUGAGGACCUCUCCAGCCUUCUCAAGGGGGCAGAGGAGCAGUUUUCGCUUUUUGGGGAAGUGCAUCCCGACACCCCCUUCCGUAUCCUCUUCUGUCAGGAUGAGGAGUUGGCAGGAAGUGGUCGCCGUGGUGCACGGAAAAGCUGUGACUCGCCCAUUCCCAUGGAGAUGGACCCGAUCUUCGACAUGGAUGUCCUGAUGUCUGAGUUUUCAGAUACGCUGUUCUCCACACUGGCUUCUCACCAGCCGAUUGCUUGGCCUAAUCCCAAGGAGAUUGCACAUGCAGGUAAUGCAGACAUGAUCCAGCCUGGUCUCAUCCCACUACAGCCUAACCUGGACUUCAUGGACACCUUUGAGCCUCUUCAAGAUUUAUUUCACACCCUGCGUCAGCCAGUCUACCCCUCAACCUCCCCCACUGCCCCAACCACCACUCCUUUACCCAGCAUCAGCACCCCAGCACAGACGUCCUUGUCACCCAUACACCUCCCUUCAGAACUGCCGUCCAUUGCAUUGGUGCCUCCCUCAGUAACUAAUCAAAAUAACAUAAGCUCGGUUGAGCCAUCCUACCCACAGAACUACAUGCCUGUUUUCACAGGACACUUAACAAACUCUGGACUUUCUGUCCUGCCUUCAACAUCCACUCACUCUUUGCAGUGUCAGGCUGUUGCCACGCUCCCCCAGCCCAUCCCUAGAAGUCCGUCUCCAUCUGUGGUCACACACACCGCCCCGUCCUCGGUUACCCCCAGCACUGCCGCCACUACCACCAGCCACAAGUCAAACUGUGCCCCCUCAGCUGUCCCCUCUCAUCCAGCUCAGCCCCGGCUUUGGCCUGCGCCCCCACCUUGUGCUUCUUUACCCCCACAGCCUCAGAACUUUGCCUUGCCCCGUCCCAUCCAGCCCUCUGGUUCUGUGAAAAAGACCCGCCGCAGACCCAUCGUCCCUGCUAAUCCAUCAUCUCACCUCAUUCUGACAGGCCCUGCCAGUGCUGUAAUUGUCACUCCGACCCCUCUUAAAUCUGAUGUGGUUCCUACUACAGGCAUGGUCAUUACCUCAUCCAGUAUUCCACGUGGGUCUGGGUUUCAUAUUUUCCCACAGAGUCAAAAAUCUCCUCAGCUCAUUGUGCCCAAAGAAGAAACAGCCUCGAGCGCUUCCAGCACCAAGAGCCCAGCACCAUCUCCUUCCACAAAUGAGAUUCUCAUUACUGCACGCGAUGGACGAACCUCAGGUCAAGGAUCACCUUUAGGAUCAGAGCAGGUGCCUAGUCCUCAGUCCCCACUCAGCAGCAGCACAGGCCUGGCCAAGAAUGAGUCCAACCAGAGUCGUCGUGUGAACCACAUAUCAGCUGAGCAGAAAAGGCGAUCCAACAUCAACAUUGGCUUCAAGACGCUCUGCAGCCUAGUUCCUACUCUAAAAUCUCAGUCCAAUGCAAAUAUCAGUAAUGCUACAACACUUCAAAAGACGGUGGAGUACAUUGGAAAGCUGCAGCAGGAAAGGCAACAGAUGCAGGAAGAGACGAAGCGGCUGCGGGAAGAAAUCGAGGAGUUAAAUGCAUCCAUUAAUUUAUGUCAGGAGCAGCUUCCAGCCACAGGGGUGCCAAUAACCCGUCAGCGCUUUGAUCACAUGAAGGAGAAGUUUGAUGAAUAUGUGAAGAACAGAACUCUUCAGAACUGGAAGUUUUGGAUCUUUAGCAUCAUCAUUAAGCCUUUGUUUGAGUCCUUCAAUGGGAGCGUCUCCACCACCAACCAGAGCGAGCUAUGUGAGACCACCAUGCAGUGGCUGGACCGUGACUGUGCCCUACCCGUCCUCAGACCUAUGGUUUUAGGCACACUGCGACAGUUGAGCACCACCACCUCCAUCUUGACCGACCCUACACUCCUUCCUGAAGAAGCCAGACAGGCCGCCAUGAACCCCAAACAACACUCCACCAAAUCCUAGCUCUUGAUCCCUUUCAACAAGAAGUUUUACUCCAACAUGUCUCACUCAGGCACAGUAGUUAUGGGGGAUGUACUCAGGAGGCUGGAAAAGACAAGGUGAAACCUUGAACGUGCCUUAUUUGGGUACCUGCUUGAAUGUGUGUUCUCUGCAGUCAGUUUUUUAAAUCCUAAUAAAAGUCUAAGAAGAGUUUCCCCUAUAGCAAUGUUCUGGAACCAUCUUUUUGGUUUUAACAGUGUUAAAGCACCUGGGCUGUUCUGGGCUUCUGUUUCUCAAAGGGACUGAAAUGAAGAGUCUAAGGAGCUGCUGCAAAUGUAGCUCAGAAGGGAAUAGUCAGUAGCCUUAGUGGAGUCUUCCUGUUUUUGCAUAUGGACAUCAAUAUGCUUGAUUUUAAAAAGACAAACCAAAGCCUUUCUGUUUGUCAUCCCCAAAAGGACUUCAUUUCGUUUGCACUAAAGCUCUGCAGGGC